AUGCCGCCGCGACCAGCAAAGGGACGUGCCGCGUUGUCAUUUGUUGCAUCUCGUGGUAUUCCAGACAGCUUAGAGAGUUUUUUGGGCGAUUUUUCACAACCCGUCAAGAGCAACACAGAAGGGUCCGCUAUGAUGGAGGUGAAUCUGAAGUUGCUGCAGAAAAGCAAUGAAACAACCGUGCUCAAAGCUCUCGUGGAGCUGAACCGGGGGGCAUCUGCUAUGUCGGAGGAGGAGUUGGUGCAUUACUUGCCGCAAGUCGUCGAGGCGGUCGUGCGGCACGCGGAGCACUCAAAUGCAUCGGUUCGCUCGGGUGUGUUUGCGCUACUGCAUGAGUUUCUGUUACGCGGUUCAUUGCUCCAACAAGCUGUGACCAAGCGCUUACCGAAACUUGCUUCUGCAUGGGUAAGUCGCAUGUGUGACAUGGAGCCGUCUGUACGCAGGGAUGCAUCGGAUGCAUUUAACGCUGCAUACACUACGGAAGUACUUAAGCAACAUGCAGACAGUAUUGUAACCGAUCUUAUUAGCAAUUAUGAGGAAAUCAUUGCCCAGAGCCGUGGAAAACCACUGCAGGAUGACACGUUGGACCGUCGGUCGAACGCCCUCUACUCCUGCGUAUGCGCUAUGGGGCACAUGUUACGUGUGGGUGCCCCUGCCUCGGCAUGUCAUAAGGUCAUUGAGUUUGUAGAAGGGAAUUCAGUGCAGCCGAUUAUGCCGCCACCUGAGGGGGUUACCAAAGGAAGUAUGGUUGUUAAAGCUCCAGUUGUAAGGUCUGCUUCACUUAUACUUCUGCGUGACAUUCUUUCCUCAAAGCUGGCAACUUUAAGAGUUCAUCAGCAGGUUUCUACUGCUUUAUACAACGCGAUGUCCGACCGUUGCGCUGUGGUACUCCGUAGGGCGUGGGAGCUUCAACUACUUUGGUUUGGUAGUGACUCUUCCAGUGCAUUGUCUCACAUGCAAGGCGGAUUUCUCCGUGUGGUGAUGAACAGUAUCACGGAUUGCAACGACCCUGAGGUGGCAGAGAUUAUUUACCCGUCACUCGUACCAUUGCUUGUUCCAGUCACUCGUUCUUCAGCCUUCGCCAGCGCGAUUGAGGAAUUCAGCGAGGUGCUUCAACGCAAGAUCCUAAAUGUCAGUGAUGUGGUACAGCGGGAAUGGGAUUUAGUGCUUUCCUCACUAAUGCGUGUGUGGGAACUUCGGUGUGUCCGCUCAGCGAAGCUAGGGGAGGGACACGAACGCGAAGGCGCCACGAUGUUUUCUUCUAUAGUAGCAACACUGGCCACAGCUCUCGAACAACCAGCGCGGCGGGGACGGCUUCUCAGCACAACAGCCUCCGUCGUAGCACAGACAUUGGAGCGUGUAGCUCGUCAUACUGAGUGCUUCAGUGAAUGUGUGCAACUCUUGUGUGGCCCCACGGACUCUUUUUCUCAACGGACUGGUGGAGGGGCAAGCGCUGCACUGGUGGAAAGCUUCGAUGUACUUCAGGCGGCAUUAAUUGGCUCUUCUGUGAGUUUACCGGGCGUGCUUGUCGGGGCGGAAACGCUUAUGGCAAAGUACGUGGAAAAGAAACAAUGGAACAUUCUUGCGGAACUGUUGCAGUCAAUGACAGACGCGUAUGGAAGUUGUGUUCGCGAAGAGCAUGCACAUUCUCCCGUGGGUAUCCCUUCUAAAGAGAUUCAAAAACUUGUUACGAACGGUGUUUUACGUGCUGUGAGACUGAGCAUAUCAGCAGAGCGGAAGGAUAGUGAUGGGGUGGAACCGAUGCACCCCCUUCAGCGGGUUCUCUCUUACGUCCUACAGUGGAGUGACGAUGAUGCACUUAGUGAACUGCAACAGAUCGCUGCCACCGUGGGACCGGGACCGUUUUGGUUGAAGGAUUUACUUCGAAGUCACGAGUUAAGGGAUCCUGAGCGGUUGAUCACUUUGUUUUCAAAAGCUUGUGAGGAAGCUGACUUUCGUACAGUGGAGCUAUGUGUGGAUUCGCUUCUCGGCGAACAGGAGGUUAACCCCCGCCCACUGACGAGUGCCGAGAAGAAGGGGCUCAGGCAGGCUGUUCAGGAGUCGUUGCGGAAACUACACCUGCUAGUGUCGGUCGACAACGAUGAAAGUGAGGAAGAAGCAGAGGAGUCCUCCAAGGAAGGUGACAGCGGAUCGGGUUACGAUGGCAGCGGGGCAGGUGACAGCAGUGGUGACGAAGGUAGCGAAGGCGCUGCGGAGGCUGACGGUAGUGGAAAUGAAGGCGACUCAAAUAGCGGCACUUUGGUUCAACAGCAGCUCAUCGCAUGGGCGAGGUUUCUACGGAGUGGCGAGCCCUUCGCUUCACUUCUGGAAGUCAGUAGCGAGGACAUCGAUUUACCAAUGGUAUUCCGCAUCGUUGCUUCCAUCGCUCCGCGGUUGCAUGCAGAGCAAUACAUGUCUAUUAAGGCACUUCGCAUGGCCCUGCAAAUGGAAGAGGACCCACUUCUGGUGGCGAUGUCAAAGAAAAUACAUUCUAUCGAUUCGAAGGCCUUCAAUGUAGUCGUGGAGUCUAUCGAACAACUGCUCAACUCGUACGGCGUCUCAGUGGAAGAGAGAGAUACUGUAUCACUGGAGUUGUUUGAUAGUGUCAUGAGCGACCCGCAGAGUAGCAUCGCAGCGUGUGGGAGGCUGCAGCACAUUGUGCCCUUCGCUUCUUGUAGUCUGAUCCAAGGAAUUGCGUGCAGCGGCGACGUCUGGUUGGAGCACCAAGUUCACCUACGUGCAAAUGUGGCUGCCACAGGGACUGGGAAAGUACCGUUUGCGUUGUUGGAUCAGUACUCUCCACUAUGCGGAAUCGUACCAUCAAUGUUGCGUUGUGUACGAACCUCUCAACUGAUUCACUUGCUUGCUUCCUCGGUGGAACUUAACUCAGCGAGUGCCGCUGUUGUUGGGCGGCCCCUGUUGCACGCCGCCCACGUGCAGGAGGUGCUGGCUGAGCCAACGAGGAGGCUGCUCGUGACAAAGCUGCUGCCGCGUGUCUUACUCUCCAUCUCAUCGCCCAAAGAAGUAGACACACUGCUCCUACGCGGAGAGGAGGUGCACAAACUUCUGUUUACGCUUGCUGUCGUGAUCCGGGAUACCGCAGUUCACUCCAGUGGUGACGCGUUCAACUCUAGCGUCCGGUGCAUUGUAAGCACCAUUACACAGUGGAUUGCCGAAGCCGCUCUUCUGCAUGUGGGCGAUGCGCCGACACAUGAAGAAGCUAUUCGCCAUUAUCGUGCGUUAUUUUCUACACUGGAUGAAGCUGCUGACAUUGUUGGGGAUUCUUUUCUCGCUAAAGUUCCUUCUGGCGAAGCUGCUUCUGCUAUUCAAGAAUCUAUGUGCAUGAUCCCUACACUGCAUCCCAAUACGGGAUUGCUCGCGAUGACGCUUCACAGGCAUCUAAGUCAUUUACCAGUUGUGAGGGGUGAUACUGUCCGUCAGGUUAUUGACUACGCCAGGAAAAAAAAGCCUCUCGAUGGCCUCGAAUUCCUGGCGGAACUCACUUCCAGUCGCAUUAUUGACACGGAGGCCUACAACGAGCUUGUGCAUGUCUUCACACGCUUGCUAGCGAGUUCCUUCAGACUUCGCUAUAUGCCACCGAAUAAUUGCCUUGUUUCUCAAGCACCGAAUGAUGCACCCAUUUCGUUAUGCGAUACUCAACGUGCAGUUGUCGCCGUUGUUUCGGCAAGGCGUGGUAUUAACUUGCACAACCGCGUUGAUGAUACGUUACGGAGCUCCAUAAAUCUUGUGUUGUUCGACGCUGUGGCAGGAUCUGUGGUUUCACUUAAGCAGGCGAACGAGGAGGAACUGUCACUCAUGACUAAACUCAUUGCCUUCACCUCGAACUGCCUUAGUGAUUUGGGCUCGUCGGAUGUGACGGUUCUGCGGGCUUCGGAGGUAAGCGUCACGAAGGUGGCUGCAGUUAUGAAUUAUGCCUAUCAGUGGCUCUGCGCCACCUCUAUUACUCGGUUAGACAGCAUUGGGAUGGAGACUGUGACAAGUGCUAUUCGCGCUAUCGCGCUGCUUUCUAACUUAACACUCGUGCGCUCUGGGUUCGUUCUGCUUCCCAUCAUGCGGCCGAUAACGGGAAGACGCUCAAUGAAGGACAUUCGGGAGGAGUUUAGUUCAAAGUCACCGGCAAAAGCAAUAAUAUUCCGGAGGCAGGCGGCUGUAAUUGCCAAAACGAACAAGCAAAAGUUAACCCUCUUUCCGCACUUGCUUGCGUGGUGUGUAACGCUCAGUGGUCCUGUGCAGGAGCGUGUAAGCAAAGAAUGGCGAGAGGAAGUUUUUCAACUUCUUGACGUCUUAUGCGCACUAUUGCUUUCCCCGGCUGUACCAGGAAGCAAGCGGGUUGAAAAUACAUACCUUUGUAACGGUAAUGGUAGUAGUGGUGCUGGUGAGCAGCUGGGUUUCGAAAUAAUUGCGUUAACACGUCCCAAUGCAGCAGAUCCCAUGCGUGAGUUGGCGAAGGGCGCCGCCGCCGUCUUUGCCCUUUUGUUGCAGAGCAGCACACUUUCCAUUGUCAAGAGUUGGCUUGAGACUGUGGAGCGAAAACUGCAGGACUAUUUUUAUACAUUUGUAGAGGAGCACUUGUCACCAUGUCUCAUACGAGAGAGCCUCCUCAUGGUGUUAAGCAAGAACCCAACCGGGGGCUCGACCUUCGACGUGAACGAAAGGUACACCGUGUCCGUGUGCACCUUGAGGAAUCGCAUUACACUUAAAUAUACGGUGGAAGAUACAGAUUCAACGGUUCAUAUAGAAUUUAAGCCUGAUUUCCCGUUAAGGCCCCCGGUGGUCACAUGUGAAAAGACACGGGGCUGCGGGGUAUCCGCGGACAAAUGGCACGUGUGGAUGCGGAAAAUGACUGUAUUGCUUUUCGGUGGGUCAUCCAAUGUAUGGGACUGUGUGAUGCUCUUCGGCAGGAAUAUGGACGAGCACUUUUCCGGUAAAGAUCCUUGCCCCAUUUGUUUUGCUAUCGUUUCAGCUUCGAGUAAUCGUCUUCCCGAUAUGCAGUGUGCAGUGUGCCGUAACUCUGCAAUACACUCCGAUUGCCUCUACUCGUGGUGGGCGACCGGGGGGCGAACCGUGUGCCCGCUUUGUCGUUCCCCAUGGGUAGCAACCUAA